UAUUGUAAUCAAGUACACAUAUUUUGUUGACGUCACGAAAAUUGUUGCAUACAUAAUGGCGCACUUGGAAGUAAAAUAUCGUCAACUUCUUGAAGAAUUUUUAUGAAAAAACUAACCUUGGUUCAUUUACCUGUUGUAUUUGGGACGGAAUGAACCCGUUUAGUAUCUAUGUUGCAACUUGUCGCUAUGUCAUGUCGGCACGUUAUGCCGAUAAAGACACCUGGGUGGAUCUGUACAGAUACCUCCCGUAUCUUCGACAGUCGCUGGGUUGUUAUGUGUGUAGAAACCUAGCUCUAAACCCUCACUCAGCAUCACAUAAAAACUGUCAACACUUCGUGUGUAAAGACUGCAUUGGUGGAAAGAUGAAACUGAAACCCCAAUGCAGCUGGUGUAAACGAUAUGACGGAUUCGUCGAAAACAAGCAGCUUCGAAUUGUAAUUCUUGGAUUCAAAAGAAUUUGCCAUGUUAUUCACAGUUCACCAAUCAUGGAAGCUUUAAGAGCGAACUCAUUGGAUGGAGAAAAUGAUAAUUUAGUUAGGAUUAUUGAAGAUGGUGUUAAGUUUGAGGACAACAUCUGUAUGAGCUCACCGAUUCCUUUACCCCCAGUAUUGACUCCUAGUCAGCCAUCAAAAGAAAAGUCAACAGAUUUAUCCAAAGCUGAGCUGGUGCAACCUCUACCUCCAGCAUCAGAAAUUGUUACGGAACAAGAUGAUAAUCUCUCACCUCCCAUUCUUGAAAAAUCUCAAGAGAUAGACAAAGAACUAGAAAUCAAUGUUGAUGUUGAAACACAUGAACUUUCACCAACAACUUCAGAGGAACUCAUUGAUGUUUGUAAGUUGCCAAGUCCUAGUGAACAAGACAAUAGUUCUCUUAAGAGAAAAAGAGAACCGGUUUUAUCAUUUGAAGCUUUUCAAAAUACAAAACUUCUUGAACACAGACUUCUUGCUGUUAAUUGUAUAGGACCAAAGGGAGGUAACUUGAGGAUCUCUUCAACACCUAUGGUGGAGGUGUCAGUGAAAAAAUCAAAACACUCAAACAAUCCAAAUGAAGUUAAAAUUUGUAAAUGUGGCAGAGGGGGAACAAACAGUAGACUGACAUGCUUAGGCCAGAGAUGUCCCUGUUAUAUUAAAAAAUUACCCUGUAUUAACUGUAAAUGCCGAGGGUGCAGGAACCCAAGGAAGGCAACCUCCUCUAACUCAGAACUUUUGUCAAACAGCAGUAAUUUUUCUAAUUCAUCUUCUUCCAUUGACACACAAGUUUCUCCAAAUGAAAACAUUUGUGUUGUGUAAUUUAAUGUAAACAGUCAUUUACAACUAACACUUAAUAAUCAAUAGCUAUUGUGAUAUAUGUACAUGUAUUUAUUACAUUCGAUGAGAUUUUUGUUUUAAAAGCAUAUCAAAAUAAGAUGAAAAGAAAGAAAUUAAUUUUAUAAUUCUUUUAAUUCAAUUCUUAUAAGAUUUUGUGGCAAGUGUAAAUUUUUAAGUUAAUAUAUGCUUCAAAAAUUUGUUUUUCCUCCCCCAAUUAACUCAGAUUUUUUGACUUCAGUCAGAUCGGAGGGAAAUGAAAAUGUUGGUGCAUUGUGAAUGAGAAAAUAAAUAAUCAAACCCUUGUUAUCAAAUUAAAAAUUAAUCUUCAUACUACAUUACUUGAAAAAAGGUCAAGCUCUAAAACAGGGCAAUUUUUUCUCUUUAAGUUGCCUUAACUGGAACAUCAACCAUUAAAUGAUACGUAGAGUAUUUUACUGAUUUUUCUCUGUAAGAUCCUCCACUGCUCUGUUGCAUUUUCUAUAUUCAAGUUGAAUAUAUUUGAUAUGAUAUUUGAUAAAAAAAAAAUAAAAUUUUGUUUGCUGGAGGUUUAGUUUUGAUAAAUGCAAGUUUAUUGUGCAUAUCAUGCAAACUUUGUAUGUGUUUGUUGGGAUUAUCUUUUAUCCUGUAUAUACAUUACAAUUUAAAUUUUAGAGUUUUUAUUUACAAAAAUGUGUACCAAGAAUGUUUUAAUGAAUGUGUGUGAAGUUUUGUGCGAGUGUCACUGUUACAUGUAGGUGUUGCAAAAAAAUAAUCUCAUCCUGGCUAGCCAAUGGUUCCUAAUCCGAACCGCUCCUCAAGUGUUUUUAGAAUGGGGCAGAUCAGGAACCCUAGGCAAGCAAAGAUGAAAUGAUCUUGAAUGACUUCAAAUAUUGUACAAAUCAAACAAGACUGAAUUACAAAGAUUGUUUUAUGACCAUUUUACUCAGUCAUCACAAGAUUGUGUAACUUCAUCUUGCUAAUUAACAAUUUAGUUUAAGCUAUGUUGUGCUCAAACAAAAAUUUCCUUUGUGUUCAAAGUAGCUGAAAUGUUCUGCAAUAUUAGAUUCAUCAGUUUGU